AUGAUUCAAGCUGGAGUUAUAGAGAAAGCUGUGAUACUUGUUGUUGAAAAUUCACUUGGUAACCCAAGAAUAACUAAAGGAACAUAUGCACAUCUUGAUGCCCUUGCAAGACGCUCUUCAUCAGGUUUUGUUUCUACAUUUAAGAAUUCUAAGGAUGUCAUUUACCAAAGUUCAGAACUUCGAUGA